GUGCAGCGAUCCCAAUUUCAUUCUUAUUUUGUUGAUUCUGCCCACACAGGUGCAGCGAUUAAAGAGGAUGCCCACGCAAAGGAUGCCAACGCAAAGGUGAAGCGAUCAAAAUUAUAUUCUUAUACCAUUAACUUUGCAGCAAUCAAAGAGAGUGCUCACGCGAGG